AUGACAAAGUUUCCCAUUCGAGUUGCAAUUUCUCUUGCUGUUUUCUGGGCUGUUUUUACUUUUGCAUCAUCAACUCAAACUCAAUCUCACCUUCCUGAGCAAGUUUUUCUACAUUGUCUCAAGAGUUCUAAUGAUCCCAACAUCACUGAAGUUGUUUACACCCCGGAACACCCUGAUUUCCUCUCAGUGCUAAACUUCUACAUCCAAAAUUCUCGCUUUCUUAAUAAUAAACAAACUCCAAAGCCAAAAUUGAUUGUGGCUCCAUCCAAAGGAUCUGAAGUGCAAACAGUGAUCAAAUGUGGUAAAAUGUCCAGCUUACAAAUAAGAAUCCGCAGCGGAGGCCACGAUUUCGAAGGCAGUUCCUACAUUUCCGAUUUAGUUGAUGUGCCGGAAAAAGUUGCUUCUUUCAUGGUGAGCAGAACAUUGGUAGAAAACGCAGUUCAACUUGUUCACAAAGCUCAAUCAGUUUCUCUCACUCUGCCAUUAGAGAUUUACUUUUCAAUCAAAUUCAUGACAGUUCUUUCAAACCAAACGAAUAAACCCACCGUAGAAGCUACAUUCGUCUGUACUUACCGCGGUGCCGGAGGAAUCACCGAGCUCUUAUCGAUAAUGGAUCGGAAAUUCCCUGAAUUAGGCGUAACCAAAGAUGACAUCUUCGAAAUGCUCUGGAUCCAGUUCGUCCCUUUUCACAACAGCUACCCAAUCGAUGAUUACGUGCAUUAUUUGACCAGCAGAAUCCCUCCGUCCAAACCAUAUUUCUCAGCAAAAGCCGAUUUCGUCCGGGACCCUGUUUCGGAAACAGGGGUUCAAGGCCUAAUGAACAAGCUCCUGGAAGUGCCACUAGGAAUUGGCCAAAUGGAGUGGACAUUCUGGGGAGGAGGAAUCAUGGACAAAAUCCCUGAAUCAGAAAUUGCGUUCCCACACAGAGGGUACUUGUUCAUCGUCUUUGAAGUGGUGUAUUGGAACAAAGAUGAUACAUCAGCUACGAUUGAAGAGCGCAUCGAUUGGUUCAGAGGGUUUCGCAGGGAAUUUGGGAGAUAUGUUCCUGAAAAUCCAAGGCCUGCUUAUGCAGAUUAUCGUGAUCAUGAUUUAGGCCUAAACAGACCUGAUGGUACAACAACGGUUGAAGAAGCAAGAAAGAGUUGGGGUGGACCUUACUUUGGAGGUAAUUUUGAUCGGCUGGUUCGUGUGAAGUCUGUGGUUGAUCCAGAGAAUUUAUUCCGGAAUGAACAGGGCUUCCCGGUGAUCGAAUUGCCUUCUUCACAGUGUCAAUUGACAUCAUAA